GUUUUUCAAACAUUUAGGUUGGUUAAAUUUGCUCGAUCGUCCAAGCGAGUUACAUUGUGUCAGAAUCGUUGUGUGAUACGGAACUCUCAUGGAUACCUCAGGUGAUCGUCCUCAGGGGAGGGUUGAACAAGAUAGUAAACCCAUAGGCCAGACAACAGCCAAGUCUGGAAACAUUACAGAAGUUGAUGCCUCCAGUAGUGGACAUGACGACCUGGACCCCGCAGAGGAGUACGCCAUGAAUCACAACAGACGCGGCUUGGCUCUCAUCUUCAAUCAGGAGCGUUUCUUUUGGCAACUACGCAUGCCCGAGCGCCACGGUACCAAUUCCGAUAGUUGGAAUCUCGCCAAGAGAUUAAAGGAGCUGAAUUUCGAAGUGAAGGCACAUGACAAUCUCAAAAUGGCAGAAGUUUGUGAUGUAAUCACGGAAGCUGCAAACGCCAACCACACUGACGCUGACUGCUUCGUCUGUGUGUUCUUGAGCCACGGCGAGAACGAUCACAUCUACGCCUACGACGGCAAGUUCAGCAUCCAGGAAAUCGCCGCGCUGUUCAAGGGAGACAAGUGCAAGAGUCUGGUGGGAAAACCCAAAAUCUUCAUUUUCCAGGCGUGCCGCGGUGAAGAACACGACGUUGCGGUCACGCCCAUGGACGUGGUGGACAACGAGGUGAAGACUAACGAGGUGGUGGUGGACGCGGGGGUGGUCUGCACCCUGCCCGCCGGGGCGGACUUCCUCAUGUGCUACUCGGUGGCGGAAGGGUACUACUCUCACAGGGAGACCAUCAACGGCUCGUGGUACAUCCAGGACCUCUGCCAGCUUCUGCACAAGUUCGGGGGGAAGCUGGAGUUCACGGAGCUGCUGACGCUGGUCAACAGGAAGGUGUCCAUGCGGAGGGUGGGUCGGAGCGCCGACCCCAGCGCCAUCGGCAAAAAGCAGGUGCCCUGCUUCUCCUCCAUGCUCACCAAGAAACUCUACUUCAGACCCAAGGUCUGACCUCUGUACCCAGCAAGUGGCUAAAAAACGAAUAAGUUUUUAAAAAUCCUCAGGGUUUUUUUUACAACAAAAAAAAAACAAGGUGCACAUACAAUUAGAAUAAAUCUGAUUUGUUUCCUUUUACUUGAGAUUCCAUGGUGGUGGUGGUGGUGGUUUAUGUAAUUUAGGGGUGUGGUUUUGUAGCAAUACUGUCAUUAAAGAACCUGCAGGGAGAUCGAACUGGGGUAAAUGAGAUUUCAGUUGUUUAUCUUGAAGAUGCUUUCAAUUUAUAUGAAAUUAACUUUCCUCUUAAGCUUUAUGUGAUCAAGUCUGAGUUUGUUUCACGAAAAAGGGAAUUUCCGUAUUUGGGUAGUUUGUUAUGCUCUGAGACAUUCACAUGAUGAAUCUGUCUUAAUGUGUGAUUUUAAAAAUGAAUCAUUGAUAAAGCCAUGGAGAGUCAAUCUGUAGGACUGUAGAAUAUUUACUUUAAUUCAAAUGCUGGAAUCCUGUGAAUCGCCUGUCACCUAAUCCAAAAUGGCAUUUUAACCUACAAGAUGUCUAAAUUGAUUUCAAUUUUAAGAAUUUUAAAAAAAUUACUUUUAUCUUGGAGUCCUACUUGUCAUCACCCUAUCCAGUGUCCUAUUGGAAAUUGGGCUUUAAGUGUGAAUUAGAAAUGGGCUCUAAAUAUGAAAGCCAAAAUCUAACUUGUGUAUCUACCUGUACCUUCACACAACAUCACCUCCCCUGAGAUUGUAGCUCUUACAAUUGUAGCUAUCUGUUUGCAGCAUCAGAUAAUCAUAACUAAAUGAUUAAGCUGACAAGCUGUUUUACAUGAACACGGUCUAAACGUGAAAUUUUAUUGUGAAAGCCUGUUUAGCUCCAUUUUGUUAGGAAGUUCAGUAAGUGAAGCGGAAAUGGGAACCAGCCAAAAUUCGGUAAAGACCUUUAGUAGUUACUAGUCCGUUCGGUCAACAUAAACCGCUGCAAAUUGCAUAAAAAUAGUUAAACAAACUUAAUAAACUGACAAGGCCGUGUCUGUUAUGAAUUAAUUGCUGUAGGUGCAGAAUUGCAGAUUUAUUAGUGACUGUCUUAACUGCCUGUUGAAUGUUCAUAACCUAUACAAACUUGAUUCAAACUCUUGAACACAACUGCAAAUAGACUGGUUAAUAUGCAUGUCAUUUUUGUAUUGUUUAGGGAUGGAAUUUGUACUUUUUUUAUACGUAUAAAUAAGCACACUAUCUGUUUGAGAGACCUAUUUUAAAAGUACAACAGCCUUUUGAAAUCCUGUCUGGUUAAUAAUCUGUAAGACGUGCAAUAAAAUGAAAAUGACGUGUCA